AUGGCUUCGGCAGACGAGCGGAACUCGAGGACGAUACACACGGCGGCCUGCCUGAUCAUCGGCGACGAAGUCCUGGGGGGAAAGACAACUGACACGAACUCGGCUUACAUGGCGAAGUGGUGCUUUUCUCUGGGAAUAAACUUGAAGAGAGUCGAGGUUAUUGAGGACGAUGAAGACGAGAUCGUAGAAGCGGUACGGCGAAUGAGUGACCGAUAUGAUUUCGUUGUGACAAGUGGUGGUAUAGGACCGACACAUGAUGACAUCACUUACCAAUCCAUCGCCAAGGCGUUCGGCCUAAAACUCGUACUGCACGAAGAGGCGUAUGAGCGUAUGAAAAAGCUCACGAAGCCGAGCAAGUCCCAUCCGAAUUUCAGCUGGGAUGUAGAAUCCCCAACCAAGACCGCGCGGCUUAGGAUGGUCCGUCUACCCAUCGACGAGUCGCGCGAUCUGGCAAAGCAGGCCUUAUUUACGCGCGACGAUCUCUGGGUUCCCGUUUCCGUGGUAAACGGGAACGUCCAUAUUCUCCCAGGUGUACCGAGGCUGUUUGAAAGCCUUUUGGAAGGCCUCAAACCGUUCAUAGUCGACAGGCUGGUAGAUCCCGAAGGCAAGGGCAUUUUCAGAGCUAUCAUCUCUACGCCGCUGGGGGAGAGUUCUAUCGCCGACUACCUGACCGAGCUGGCCGCUAGGGUCGCGCCAAAGGGGGUGAAAGUCGGAAGCUAUCCUCGAUGGGGGAAGAAGAAUAACACGGUCACUCUCGUCGGGAGGGAUAAGGAGUAUAUCGAGAGCCUGAUACCGGAGGUUGUGCAGAACGUUCAAGGAAAGCGAGUCUAUAGGGAGGGAGAGGAUGACGAGCCGGAAACUAUAGCCUCAUCGGUGCCUACCUAG